AUGGAGUCUCAAAUCCAGGCGCAAAUCCCUGGUAUCGACCAUGUCGUCUCCGACUACGCUGUGGGCUACCUGACCCAUGCCGCAAACCUUUACGUCGAAGAUACCAGCGGCCAGUCCCCACUGUCAGAAGCUGCCGAAGCCGUUACCGAGCUUCUGGUCUCCGCUUCUGGAGAUUUCUCCCCGCAAAACUACGAGACGAUUGGCAACUUAGUCGCGAAAUUCAUCACGGGCCUCAGCUCCGCUGACGGCGUUGAUGCCGAGCAGAGACAAAUGCCCUUCAGGGCUAAGAAGCUGGACCAGGCCAUCAAUGUUGGCGCACAGCGGAACAUGUCCUCGACCCUGGGAUUGACUGGAAACACUGUCGACCUGGAAUCAGCCAAUGCUAGAAAGGUCGAGUCCAAGGUGGACAAGAAAAAGCUCGAGAAGGCCGAACGUAAGAUUCGUGCCAAGCAGGACAAGAAGCAGAUGAAGAACGUUACCUACGAGUCCUCCCGCUUGCUCAACCAGCCGGAUGAGACUAUGUCAUACGAGGAGUUCUUCAUGGCUGUCAACCCUCUUCAACUGGGCUCUGACUCCCAGGCCAAGAGCAAGGACAUCAAGCUGGAUAACAUCGAUAUCUCCAUCAGUGGCCUGCGUAUCCUGACGGAUGCUGCCUUCACACUCGCCUACGGUCGUCGUUAUGGUCUCGUUGGCCAGAACGGUAUCGGUAAAUCUACACUUUUGCGCGCUUUAAGUCGCAGAGAAAUCCCCAUUCCCACUCACGUUUCAAUUCUUCACGUCGAGCAAGAGAUUACUGGUGAUGAUACACCUGCUUUGCAGGCAGUCCUGGAUGCGGAUGUGUGGCGGAAGCACCUCCUCGGAGAGCAAGCGAAAAUCUCGAAACAAUUGGCCGAGCUCGAAGAAGAGAGAUCCUCGAUGGCAGACACCUCCCAGGAUGCUGCUAGACUUGACGAGCAACGUGAAGGCUUGGAUAUCACUUUGAGUGAUAUUUACAGCAAACUUUCUGAAAUGGAAUCGGACAAGGCCGAGUCCCGUGCGGCUAGUAUCUUGGCUGGUCUUGGUUUCUCCCAAGAACGCCAGCAGUACCCGACCAAGACCUUCUCUGGAGGUUGGAGAAUGCGUCUGUCCCUGGCGAGAGCACUUUUCUGCGAGCCCGAUUUGCUCUUGCUGGACGAACCGUCGAACAUGUUGGACGUUCCGUCUAUUACUUUCCUUUCGAAUUACCUCCAGGGGUACCCCAGCACAGUCCUUGUGGUCUCUCACGAUCGUGCAUUCUUGAACGAAGUCGCUACGGAUAUUAUUCACCAACAUUCCGAGAGACUGGACUACUACAGGGGUGCUAACUUCGAAUCCUUCUACGCAACCAAGGAGGAGCGUCGGAAGACCGCUAAGCGCGAAUAUGAGAAGCAAAUGGCCGAGAGAGCACACUUGCAAGCGUUUAUUGACAAAUUCCGAUACAAUGCUGCGAAAUCUUCCGAAGCCCAGUCAAGAAUCAAGAAACUUGAGCGUAUGCCAGUCCUUGAAGCUCCGGAAAGCGAAUACACCGUCCACUUCGCAUUCCCCGAGGUCGAGAAGCUCUCACCCCCUAUUGUCCAGAUGUCCGAAGUUUGCUUCGGUUACACCAAGGACAAACCUCUUCUCAAGAAUGUCGAUCUGGAUGUCCAGCUUGACUCGCGUAUUGGAAUUGUCGGACCUAAUGGUGCUGGUAAGACUACGGUGCUGAAGCUACUCACCAAUCAGCUCGAACCCACAUCCGGUCUUAUCUCUACCAACUCAAGACUGCGCAUUGGAUUUUUUGCCCAGCAUCACGUCGACGCUCUGGACAUGACAACCAGUGCAGUAGGCUUCAUGACUAAGACUUAUCCCGGAAAGACCGACGAAGAGUACCGGAGACACCUGGGCGCCUUUGGUAUCACUGGUACAACUGGUCUUCAGCGCAUGGGACUUCUGUCUGGAGGUCAGAAAUCGCGUGUGGCCUUUGCUUGCCUGUCAUUGACCAAUCCUCACAUUCUUGUUCUUGACGAACCUUCUAACCACUUGGAUAUUGAGGGUAUGGAUGCUCUGUCAGAUGCGCUCCGCAAGUUCGAGGGAGGUGUUGUGAUGGUUUCCCACGAUGUGACCAUGUUGCAGAAUGUUUGCACCAGUCUCUGGGUCUGCGAUGGUGGUACUGUGCACAAGUUUGACGGCACAGUCAAUGCUUACAAGAAGAGGAUCACUGAGCAGGCUGAUGCUGCUGGUGUUGUGGCUAAGCACUAA